AUGGCCACGAAGAGCGAGUGUCUGCUGCCGUACUACACGGCCCAGAGCGGCUCAGGGGUGGGCAUGUUCAACACCAGCAUGGGGAAGCUGCAGCGGCAGCUCUACAAGGGGGAGUACGACAUCUUCAAGUACGCGCCCAUCUUCGAGAGCGACUUCAUCCAGAUCACCAAGCGGGGAGAGGUCAUCGACGUGCACAACCGUGUCUGCAUGGUGACCGUGGCCAUCGCCUGCACCAGCCCCAUCCUCCCGCUCCCCGACGUCAUGCUGCUGGCCCGACCGGCCCCGGGCUGUGAGGAGGUCCCCGGCCGGGGCCAGUCCACCAAGGGCAAAAAGGGCAAGGGCUCCAAGACCCUGGAGCUCACUAGGCUCCUUCCUUUGAAGUUCGUAAGGAUUUCCGUUCACAGCCGUGAGAAACAACAGCUGCGCCUCAAGUUUGCCACCGGCCGUUCUUGCUACCUGCAGCUGUGCCCCCCGAACGAAGGCAGGGAUGACCUGUUCACCUACUGGGAGAAGCUCAUUUACCUCCUUCGGCCCCCCGUGGACUGCAACAGCAGCACCUACGCCAUCCCGGCCAAGGACAUGGUCUGCAUGCCCCUGCUGGACGAAGAAGACAAGUCAAGCCCGGCUGGGACGGACUGCCAGGGAAGGGGGGACCCGGACCAGGUCAGCAUCAGAAGCCUCCCCGGGGUCACGGAUCUCAGUGGGGUCACCUCUGCUGCUUUUGCUGGAGGGGAGGGGUCCUACCACGACCCCCACAAACCCUCUGCUGUGGCCAGCGUGUGCACGCCCAAAUCAAAGUCCAAUGAGUCAGCGUCAGCAGUGGGCGGCCUCGUGGGCACCCUGAGCUUGGUGGUAACCAGGUCUUCAAGCCCCAGCCAGGCGAACGCAGCCGUAGCGGGGGCCACCACCAUGGGGGCAAGAGGGACCAAAAGCCACUUGGCCAUUGCAAGCGCUGGCAAGAUGUUCCCGAAGAACAUGAAGGUCGCCUUGGCAGGGGCAGCAAGCAAGUCCUUGGAGAAUAUUCCCAGCUCAUCCGCCAGCCUCUCCCAAAAAGACAGCGUGACUGUGGCUCUCUCAGGGAGAGAGCCCACGGGCAAGACUGUUAGAGAAAUGGCAACUGAUCUACCAGCGACAGCUCUUUCCUUGACCCUGCCAAGUGAAAGCCACAUGGGUGGACAGACUGGACAGCAGAAAGCCUCUGAGUCCAGCACAGAGGCCCGUAAGGAAAGGAGGGUGAGAAGGGACCGGAGAACAAAGGAUAGAGUCGGCAGCAGGAGUUCCCGGCACCACAGGACAGGAGAAAGUCGCCGCAAGACAGCAGGGGACAAGGUGAACCGGAAGUCAGGCAGCCGCAGAUCCGCUGGCGAUAAGAAGGAGAAGGGCACCUUGAGGGACAGCAAGCACAGCAUGUCGCACAAAGGGGUCAGCCACGUCCCCAUCACAAAGGACUCCCGGAGCUCCCACAAGUCGGGCAGGACCCUUUCCACAGCCAGCUCGGGGUCUACAAGCAAGAGGCUGGGCAGGAUCAGCUUGUUCCUGAGAAACAUCAGAGCCAACCUGGCUGCAAAAGGCCUGGCCCCGCAGCGGGGCCAAGAUGUGGAUGUUAUGAGCAAGACACUGGAGACCAUCAAUGUGGAGGCCAUCAUGGAGUCAGAGAGUGGCCACUGCCUGGACAUCAUUGGUUCUGUGACAUCCGAGGUCACGGAGACAGUGACCUAUGAGGCUCCUUAA